GAAGCGAUGAGAAGUUCCUAUUUUUCCGGGUAACUUCAGAUUUCGCAAGGAGUGAGCUGAUGUGUGAGAAUAUUGUGGACUGUAAUGAGGUAGCUACGUUGGAAAUAUGGACCGUCUCGGGCAACAGUUGUGCCGUUAUCUUAGGCCUACGUAUUUGUUAUUGGCUGUGGUCUGUUACGGUCAAGACUCAGACACGUGUGAAGUAAUCCCAAAGAAUCUCACUGUGAAUCCUGGCUCCAAUGUCACAGUGAUAUUUAAGGCCCCAUUUGGUGGCAUUUGCUGGAUGAAAUUUAAUGCCUUCAGUCCAAGUAAAGUGUUUUGGACAUUAAACAGUAAGAAAAUCGAGGAAAACUACUAUAAUCACAAUUCCACCUAUGCUGUGGUCACUGUUGUGAAUUUCACUCUUGAAUCUGGCACUGUGGAAUGUCACAUGGAUGAGCAGGUGUUGGGUGGCACCAUUAUCCGUACACAAGCUACUUCUAGGAAUACCAGAAUGAUUGUGGAACUUCCAAAGAAGCCUGUGGAUAUACAUUGUGUUACCAAUGUAACAGUUAUUGAGAACAUGUACACUAUAUGUUACUGGAACGAAGCAGGAAAUUCACAGGACACAACAUAUAAUGUUACCAUGAAACCGAAAGGUAAUUGUAUAUCACUUGGCCAAAAUCAUUGCCAGUUGUUGCCAGAACAUGCAGAUUUACUUCAGGACCUAACUGUUACUAUAACGGCCAUGAAUACUGCAGGAAAUACAUCAGCCACUGUCCGUAUGCAUGGCUGGGAAAUUGUCCAGUUUGAUCCUCCGAACAAUAUUAGCGUGGAGCCUCUUCCAACUGGUCUGAGUGUGGAUUGGGUCCAAAGAUACACUGAAUAUAAGGACAAUGAGAAAUGUGAAGCACAAUCUGUGGAAGAAGGCACUAAUGUCACAAUUGUGUCAAACAAAACAUCAACUCCUGGGAAAAAAGCUAUAUAUAUUGGUGAUGUUAAGCCUUGCACUAGAUACACUGUUGAGGUGCGGUGUAUCUACAGAGUUAAUAACCGAUUAUGUCUAUGGAGUAACUGGAGCAGAAGGACUGCUGUUUUGUCAGUACUUAAUGUUAGUUCUGUGCCAUUCUAUUUGUGGGGGAAAGUUCUGAAACAGAAUGAAAAUGGAACAAGGCAUGUUCAGAUGAUGUGGAAGGGGCCUCCACCGGUCUGCAAGGCUAUUGAUGAGUACAGGCUUUUUGUUGACUCAGGAAUCGUCAAACUCAAGCCAACUCAGCAUAAUGCCACUGUUUUACUCAAUGCCUCAGACCAUAAGAUUAGUAUUGCUGCUUAUAAGAAUAACAUAAUCCUUCGUGACAGUUUUCUCAAGAUACCCUCCACUGGAAGGGAUAUGCCUCCAGUACAGAGACCCAAUGCCACUGCACAUAGUGGCCUCAUCCAUGUGUCCUGGGACGCACCCUCAACACCUGUGAAUGAUUAUGUCAUAGAGUGGUUCACAGAUCCUACACAAGCAGACAGGCCUUCAUGGGAGAGAACUCAAGAAACAAACAUUUCGUUUCCUGGUGAUCUGCCAUAUAAGCUCUACACAGUGACCAUAACUCCACUUUAUGAUGACGGACCUGGCCAAGGAAGGACCCUACAUACUUAUGCAAAGGAAGGGAGACCAGCCAAGGUUAAACAAGUGAAGCAGAUUGAGGCUGACGACACGUGGCUAACGGUGGCUUGGGAAGCAGUGCGACCCAACCAGUGCUGUGCCUUUGUCGUCAACUACACUGUUUUGUACAAGGCCUCACACGACAUGGGCUCAACAUGGUUGAAUGUGACUGUCAAUCACACAACACACAAGGUGACACUACCGAAACUCAAGCCCAGCACCACGUACCAGGUCUAUGUCAGAACCUGCUCCAUCAACAACUGCUCUAAAGACGAGGAACGCGCUAACUUCACAACAGAAGCUUAUGGUAAAGCUUUUAUGCACAUAUUUGUUCUGGCGGCGAUUGGUGUAAUAUCACUGCUGGUGACUGCUGUGUGCCUUUUCAUGCUGUGGAGGAAAUUCGCAAACCUCACAGUGCCAAAUCCUGAGUUCAGCUCCAUGGCUAUGUGGGCCCCAGAGAAGUCUCGAAAGCUUCCGAUGUCAAAUAACUUGGACUUCGACAACAAUCCCAGUGAGGGUAUUCUGCUAUGCCACGUUGACACUGAGAUGGACACCAGGCUGGCAUCUCCUGCAGACACAGACUCCAUGUUGUCGGGGGAUAAGAUGGAUGGUUCCAGCGUUGCCUCGAACACCAGUGCUAGCAGCGGGCAGGCGGAGAGCACAGGACUCCCCCAAUCCUACAGCACCUGGGAGUGUCCGUGCAAGAGCCCGGAGCCGGCCAGUCCAGCAGCGGUGGAGCCAAGCCAGCCGCAGCCGAGCCGGUCCUCACCGGCUUCGUGCAACCCUUACCUGGAACAGACGCCCAUCUGUGGUCAUGAAAGCCCAUCAGGCCCACCGCAGGGACCCGGCUUGUCAGACAAGGGCAGAUCUGUGGUAGAGGCGAGUGAGUGGGAGACACUGGCCAGUGCCCCCUCAGUUAUUAGUUAUGUGAGUGUGGAGGACAUGCUUGAAAGGCAGAAAGAGCAUAAAAUAAAGAAGACUUUUGAAGAAGACAUUUGAAAACAGCAACUCCAAAGCUAGCUGCUUUACUUAAAAGGUUGCCUUAUUGGAACAUUUUGUAAUAAUGAUUGGGAUUGUUUCGCAUAUUUUUGUAUACACUUUUUUAUCACAGAAAUAACAAAUUGUAUGAAAGAGGAUGGAUGUAUAGAACCUAUAGCGCCAAUGUGAAUGUAGCUAAUGGGAAGGUAUCCAAGAUUUCAGCAGAGGGAUGAAAACAUAUUUUAUACACGGAAAAAAAAUACCCAAUGUGACCAUUCUCUUGAAUUUUCACUCUUUUGAAACACAGCCAUAUUUAUGUUAGUUCUACAACUAUAGUUUUCAGACAUCUGCAGGAUCAGUACAUUCUCAUCAGGGUACUUCCAGACUACAACAAUCUGGUGAUGAAUUACAAACUGGUGCAGAGAGAUAUUAACAUCCCACAGCAAUAUUUCUUUGUUCAGGAAAAAUCAAGUAAAUGCUUUGUCAUUGGUGUUCAGUUCAUAGUAUGCAUUAUUUCUAUUUGAAUAGAAUGCCUCUGCUUGCAUAAGCAACACACUGUAAGGUAACUCAAUGUAGGAAUUCUUCUUUUUAUAAUGUUCACCAUAGUGGAUAUCCAUUUAGCACUAAGGGGGUACCCAAUUUGUCCCAAAAAGGCUCACGCACUUACCUAUGACAACAAUGUUUCAGGGUGCACCAGGUAUUCUGGGUGUGCAGUGACAAUGUCAGAGACUCCAUCCUCCUCAUUGUAGUCUGAUUGACUUCAUGGCAUUACACAGUCUCUCCAAAAUUGGAAUUCUGUAUUACUGCAUCAUUUCUGCAAAAAGAUGCAUUAUUUCUGCAUUAUUUGCAUUUUUUAAGAAAUACCACAGCAGCAAUUCAGUCACUUGGCUGAACAAUCAUAAAAACAUCCUAGCAAGAUGCAGAUGCUUUCUUAUGGAAAAAAGUGUAACCUGUUACUUGUGCCUUUCAUGACAAUACACUGGUACAACACUGUAUCUCCACACAGAAAGAGAAGAGUAAGACUGAAUAGUUAAAUACAGGAACUAUUUGCAUGGAGCAACUAUCUCCUAAUUUUUCUAUUGUCUAAAAAGUCAUUAAAUUUAUCACUUCACCAGACAUUUUUUGUUCUUUUUUAUGUAAGGUGGUGGCGCCACCUUGUGGAAGGUCACUGUAUUGUUGACAUCCAUCUUCAUGAUAAUGUUAGUGUGAGUGAGGGGGGAGUGAACUUCAGCCAUACUCAACAUGAGUCUACCUGGCAGUCAAAUGUUGAUGAUGAAUUAUGAGAACUGAAAGAAAGCAGUGUCCUUUUGGCAAACAUGAUGUCUAUCUUGCUUGCAUAUGUUAUCUUGCCGCUUAUAUCUUUUGUCACAGCCUUGUGGCUAGUUGCAAUGCUUGCCAAGAGAACUGCACUCUUUGCCUCCCACAAAUUGUGUACAUCUGUCAACAGAAAGCUCAGGUAUAUGUGUGAUAACAUCUGAGGACAUUUUUAAUCAACGUUCAGCUGCAGAAGAUUUCUAAACUGAGAUGCUCUAAAAGUUUACUCUAUGUGUGGGUGGAAAAGGCUCCUCUUGAGAUAAUGUUUUUUUUCUUUUUACAUUAAACUUUGGGUUACAUUUGC